AGCGGGUUGAUGGCUAUGCCACUAGUACUCAAAGCAGACGGAAUCGUUUUCGGUCUUGCAGCCAUUUUUGUUGCCGGUCUGACCUGCGGUUUUGGCUUUUACCUCCAAGCGCUCACCUCCAAAUAUGUACCCUCGGGAAAGGCCACGUUCUUUAGCAUCUGUAAGAUCCCGUACCCCAAGCUUGCCCCGAUGUUUGAUCUUCUUAUUGCGUUCAACUGUUUCGGCUCUGGUCUCUCGUACUUGGUGCUCUUUGCGGACCUCAUGCCUGAGGUGACGGGCUUCGGCUCCAGAGUCUCGUGGAUCGUGGCCAACAUGUUUAUCGUGGUCCCACUCUGUUUCAUGAGACGUCUCGACUCGUUAAAGUAUACCAGUUUUCUCGCUCUAGGGGCUAUUGGCUAUAUGAUGGUGUUGAUAUGUGUAAACUACUUUGUGGGAGUGAGCCCUGAGUUGAAAGGCGACAUUACGUUCACUCCCUCGGGCUGGACCGACGUUAUCGGCACCUUCUCCAUCCCCAUCUUUGCUUUUGCCGGACACCAAAACAUGUUCACCAUAAUCAACGAAGCAAACGACAAGUCUGUCUCGAAUCUCUUUAGAAUCAUCAACAUCAGUACCUUCUCUUCGUACACCCUAUACUCUGUCGUCGGUAUGUUGGGGUACCUCACGUUUGGGAAUAAGGUCCAGGGGAACAUUAUGGUAAUGUACACCCCGUCGGCUUUGAUAAGCUUCGGUCAGGGAGCCAUCGCCUUCAUGGUGUUGCUCUCGUAUCCGUUGAUGUUCCAUCCUACCCGCACCUGUAUCAACAAUGUGUACCAGCAUAUGAGGGAGUGGACUCUGGAGCCAGCGUUCCAGGAGAUCCAACCGUUAUUAGAAACUGAGGCUUUACCGAAGCAAACGUUGGAUAUGAACAAUACUGAGUUUACUGUGAUUACUUCUGUGCUUUUGGUGAUUGCAUACUUUUUUGCCUUCACCGUGUCGUCGUUCGGGUUGGUGGUGGCCUUUAUCGGAGCCACCGGCUGCACCAGUGUGGCCAUGAUUGUUCCGGGUAUUUUCGGGUAUGGGUUAAUAGGUAGGGGAAUUCCUCGCGUAUCCGGUGAAGGAAGCACCAAGUAUGACGUGGUUAUCAGAAGAGCCGCGUUGGGUUUGGCUAUUUACGGGGUGUUGGUCAUGGUCUGCUGUCUCUACGCAAUCUUUGUGCUUGAAGGAAUUUAGCGGAGAUGUGUAAAGCUUACCGGGAUUGAAGGUAUUCUUGGGGUGUGUUUGGACUAUCUCGACUUUGAGAAAUACCUUUUUCUUUGUAAGGAUGUUGCUUUGUAUUUGGCAUAUAGGUGUAACAGAAUACUAUCAAGGCAAAUGGAACGUUUUCUUUAGAUGACACAAGCACUAGAUGGUCUGGCCAAGCCUCUAAAUCUUCAAUACACCGGUCUAGUAACAUUCGUUGCCAGUUUCAUAUGACCUUUGGCUAAGCAGAUAAUUAGUGCUUUACUCUCUAUCCACCUUCAAAGGCAC